GAUCAAGGUGGUACAGACCAAGUGUGUGGAAGCCAAGGACUGUCUAAACAUGCUGAACAAGAACAACGAGGGGAAAGAAUUACUUGUCCCACUGACCAGUCCUAUGCAUGUCCCCGGGAAACUACAUAAUGUGGAACAUGUACUCAUUGACGUGGGAACAGGCUACUACGUAAAAAACGAAAAUGAAGAUGACAAGGACUUUUUCAAGAGGAAGAUAGAUUUCUUCACCAAGCAAAUGGAGAAAAUGCAGCCAGCUCUGCAGGAGAAGCAUGCCAUGAAACAGGCUCUCAUGGAGAUGAUGAGCCAGAAGAUUCAGUAGGUCACAGCCCUGGGGGCAACUUAGGCUAUUGCCAAAGCCUGA